AGCCCAGCCCGCGCCGCUAGGCGGGGGAGGGGGCGCCCGCGCCGCCAUAUUCGCUCCCGCCGGCCUGCCCCGCGGCGCGCAGCCACCAUGAGCACCGCCGCCUUCCACAUCUCCAGCCUCCUGGAGAAGAUGACAUCCAGCGACAAGGACUUCAGGUUCAUGGCCACCAGUGACCUGAUGUCAGAGCUGCAGAAGGACUCCAUCCAGCUGGACGAGGACAGCGAGCGCAAGGUGGUGAAGAUGCUGCUGAAGCUGCUGGAGGACAAGAACGGUGAGGUGCAGAACCUGGCCGUCAAGUGCCUGGGUCCUCUGGUGGGCAAAGUGAAGGAGUACCAGGUGGAGACCAUCGUGGAUGCCCUCUGUGCCAACAUGCGGUCAGAUAAGGAGCAGCUCCGAGACAUCGCUGGCAUCGGCCUCAAGACUGUCCUGUCGGAGCUCCCUCCUGCAGCCACAGGCUCUGGCCUGGCUGCCAACGUGUGCCGGAAGAUCACUGGCCAGCUCACCAGCGCCAUCGCCCAGCAAGAGGAUGUGGCUGUGCAGUUGGAAGCCCUGGACAUCCUCUCUGACAUGCUGAGCAGGCUGGGCGCCCCUCUGGGUGCCUUCCACGCCAGCCUCCUGCACUGCCUGCUGCCGCAGCUGAACAGCCCACGCCUGGCCGUGCGCAAGAGGGCAGUCGGGGCACUGGGCCACCUGGCGGCCGCCUGCAACACCGACCUCUUCGUGGAGCUCGCGGACCACCUGCUGGAUCGGCUGCCCGGCCCGCGCGCACCUGCCAGUCCGGCCGCCAUCCGCACUCUGAUCCAAUGUUUGGGUAGCGUCGGCCGGCAGGCUGGCCACCGCCUCGGGGCCCACUUGGACCGCCUGGUGCCCCUGGUGGAGGAGUUCUGCAACGUGGACGACGAUGAGCUCCGGGAGUCCUGCCUCCAGGCCCUUGAGGCCUUUCUGAGGAAGUGCCCCAAGGAGAUGGGUCCUCAUGUGCCCAAUGUGACCAGUCUCUGCCUCCAGUACAUGAAGCAUGACCCAAACUAUAACUACGACAGUGACGGGGAUGAGGAGGAGAUGGAGACAGAAGAUAAUGAAUUCAGUGAGCAAGAGAGUGAAGACGAGUACAGCGAUGAUGAUGACAUGAGCUGGAAGGUGCGCCGGGCCGCAGCCAAGUGCAUGGCAGCCUUGAUUGGCUCCCGGCCUGACCUGUUGCCCGACUUCCAUGGCACCCUGGCACCCGCGCUCAUCCAUCGCUUCAAGGAACGCGAGGAGAACGUCAAGGCUGAUGUCUUCGGGGCUUACAUUGUGCUGCUGCGGCAGACGCGACCCCCAAAGGGGUGGCUGGGGUCCAUGGAGGAGCCCACCCAGACAGGCAUCAGCCUCCACGCGCUGCACGGCCAGGUGCCUCUGGUGAUCAAGGCCCUGCAGCGGCAGCUUAAGGAUCGGAGCGUCAGGGCCCGCCAGGGCUGCUUCAACCUCCUCACCGAGCUGGCGGGGGUCCUCCCUGGCAGCCUGGCAGAGCACAUGCCUGUGCUGGUAGCAGGCAUUGUCUUCUCUCUGGCGGACCGUUCAAGCUCCUCCACUAUCCGGAUGGACGCCCUGGCCUUCCUACAGGGGCUGCUGGGCACAGAGCCAGCCGAGGCCUUCCACUCACACCUGCCAACUCUCCUGCCACCUGUGAUGGCCUGUGUGGCUGACCCUUUCUACAAGAUCGCGGCCGAAGCCCUGCUGGUGCUCCAGGAACUGGUGCGGGCCCUGUGGCCCCUGGACAGGCCUCGGACGCUGGACCCUGAACCAUACGUUGGAGAGAUGUCUGCGGCCACCCUGGCACGGCUCCGUGCCACUGACCUGGACCAGGAGGUGAAGGAGCGCACCAUCUCCUGCAUGGGCCACCUUGUGGCCCACUUGGGUGACCAGCUCGGGGACGACCUAGGGCCAUCACUGUUGCUUCUCCUGGACCGCCUGCGGAAUGAGAUCACCCGGCUGCCUGCUGUCAAGGCGCUGACGCUGGUGGCUGUGUCCCCGUUGCAGCUUGACCUGCAGCCCAUUGUGGCUGAGGCACUGCCCAUUCUGGCCUCGUUCCUGCGGAAGAACCAACGGGCGCUGCGGCUGGCCACGCUGGCUGCCCUGGACUCCCUGGCCCAGAGCCAGGGACAUAGCCUCCCGCCGAGUGCCGUGCAGGCAGUACUGGCCGAGCUGCCUGCCCUGGUCAAUGAGAGUGACAUGCAUGUGGCCCAGCUGGCCGUGGACUUCCUUGCCACAAUGACCCAGGCCCAGCCAGCCUCCUUGGCCAAGGUCAGCGGCCCUGUGCUCUUGGAGCUGCUGCGGUUGCUGCGCUCACCCCUGUUGCCUGCCAGCGUGCUGGCCGCUGCUGAAGGCUUCCUGCAGGCCCUGGUGGGGACCCGCCCCCCGUGCGUGGACUACAAGGAGCUCAUCCGCAUGCUCACGGCACCUGUCUAUGACCAGGCCGCAGAGGGCGGGCCAGGCUUGCACAAGCAGGUGUUCCACUCUCUGGCUCGGUGUGUGGCGGCCCUCGCAGCUGCUUGUCCCCAGGAGGCGGCAGGCACAGCAAACCGCCUGGUCUGCGAUGCCAGGUCACCCCACUCAAGCACAGGGGUCAAGGUCCUGGCGUUCCUGUCGCUGGCCGAGGUGGGCCAGGUGGCUGGGCCAGGCCCCCAGCGGGAGCUGAAGGCAGUGCUCCUGGAAGCCUUGGGGUCACCCAGUGAGGACGUGAGGACGGCCGCAUCCUAUGCGCUGGGCCGCGUGGGUGCCGGGAACCUGCCCGACUUCCUGCCCUUUCUGCUGGGGCAGAUCAAGGCUGAGCCCCGGCGGCAGUACCUGCUCCUGCACGCACUCAGGGAGGCCCUGGGCGCUGCCCAGCCCGACAGCCUGAAGCCCUACGCUGAGGACAUCUGGGCCCUGCUCUUCCAGCGCUGUGAGGGUGCCGAGGAGGGCACCCGGGGGGUGGUGGCUGAGUGCAUCGGCAAGCUAGUCCUCGCGAACCCUCCAUUCCUUCUGCCCCGAUUCCGGAAGCAGCUCGCUGCAGGUCGGCCACACACGCGGAGCACAGUUAUCACAGCAGUCAAGUUCCUCAUCUCUGACCAGCCCCAUCCUAUUGAUCCCCUCCUGAAGAGCCUCAUUGGAGAGUUUAUGGAGAGCCUGCAGGACCCAGACCUGAACGUGCGCCGGGCCACUCUGGCUUUCUUCAACUCGGCUGUGCACAACAAGCCCUCGCUGGUCCGGGACCUGCUGGAUGACAUCCUCCCCUUCCUCUACCAGGAGACGAAGAUCCGUAGGGACCUCAUUCGAGAGGUGGAGAUGGGGCCCUUCAAGCACACGGUGGACGACGGGCUGGACGUGCGGAAGGCAGCCUUUGAGUGCAUGUACUCGCUGCUUGAGAGCUGCCUGGGCCGGCUGGACAUCUGCGAGUUCCUGAACCACGUGGAGGAUGGCCUGAAGGACCACUAUGAUAUCCGGAUGCUGACCUUCAUCAUGCUCGCCCGACUGGCUACCCUGUGUCCCGCACCCGUUUUGCAGAGAGUGGACCGGCUCAUUGAGCCACUCAGGGCCACCUGCACCGCCAAGGUCAAAGCUGGUUCUGUGAAGCAGGAAUUUGAGAAGCAAGACGAGCUGAAACGCUCUGCGAUGAGGGCAGUGGCCGCCCUGCUGACCAUCCCAGAAGUAGGGAAAAGCCCCAUCAUGGCUGACUUCUCUUCCCAAAUCCGAUCCAACCCCGAACUUGCUGCCCUCUUUGAAAGCAUCCAGAAGGAUUCUGCUUCAGCCCCCAACACAGACUCAAUGGAGCUCAGCUAGUACCCCCCAACUCUGCCCCCAGGUGGGCCCUUACUUAAGAGAAGGAGGCCUACCCAAGCCCGAGGCCUCACUGUCCCCCUGCCCACCACAGGCUUCUCUACUUUUUCCCUUUUGUCAUCUCACUGGGGGCCCUCCUGCUCCUGGUCGGGGCUUACAGUGCCUUCUCCAGGGACCCCCAACUCGAGGCCCCCCAGCAGGAGCUGCAAGGCUGCCAACAGUUGGGCCCUUUAACUCAGGACAGUCAUUCAAAGAAACAGGGCACGGACAUUUUCCAAGCCUUUCCACACAAACAUAGAUGUGUGACUUCACACAGGACGGUCUGUACCUUCAAAGCGGGGAGUCCCUGCCUCACUAAGGACUAAGUAGUGUUUAGAAACACUCUUGUGCUCACAGCUGCGGAAGGUUAGGAGACAGCCGGCUGGCCUCCCUGCCCACCAGUGUCCCAGAUUUGUCACUCACACCUCUCCCACUCUUCACUUCACUUGAUCUGAUAGGCCAAACAUUAGUGCUGGGUGGGCAUCUUGAAGAGUCAAGCUACUUCUCUGAGCUUUAACAUUUUAGAAUUCAAAAUGCUUUACUUUCUAAUUGGCAGUAAUGAAUCUGAAAUUUUUUUGCAGGGAGAGGGGGACCAGGAUAGGGAAUUAGAUCUAGUUUUCUAAUUUUGAAACUCUUAUGUAGCCAACUGGGAAAUAAGUACCAAGAAAGUACAGACCAUCUUUCAUGUCACCCACCUAGGUGUCAACAGUUGGUUUGUGUCCUGAGGAAGACUUUGAACAUAUUGUUUCUAGUUUUUAGUAUUGAAGACACAAAUUAAACAAUAGGCUAAAGAAUUUUCUGUGCUAUCCCAGGUUAAUAAAGGACAGACCUAGUGCUACUUUUUCUGUGCACACUUCCUCUACUCAGUAGACCAUUGUCUGUAUACUUCCCAAGUCAAUUUAAAGAAAUCAUGGAAACAACCCAACAACUCAGAUGUUUCAGACUAGGCUUUGAACUGGAUGGAGGCAGGCAACCUGUAAUUUACAUACCCAAUUUAAGGGACUUAAAUCCACUCAUGACUAGCAUGCCAAGAAAAUUGUUAAGCAGGCUAGUAUUUCUGCUCAGUUGACCAGGCUGGUAAGGCAAAAAACACCCUAUAAGCGAAAUUGUCUUGUUCUUGAGUACCUCAUGCCACAUCCCCAACUAUACUGCCCUUUGCUGCCAGUUCUUAGAUAAGUGCUAUCAUAACCUUACAGACAUGCCUCUUUCUUGUGCUUUGCAAAUACUGAUUUUUUUUUUUUUUUUACAAAAUGAAGGUUUGUGGCAACCCUGUGUUCAGCCAAAUGUAUCAAUACCAUUUUCCCAACAGCAUUUGCUCACUUCCUGUAGUAUUUUGUUAAUUCUCAGACUAUUUCACUUUUUCAUUGUUAUGGUGAUGUGAUCAUUGAUGUUACUGCUUAUGCCUGAAGAUGUGACUGAACUGCUGCAAUCUCGCGAGACUUUAAUGGAAUUGCUUCUUAUGAGCAAAAAAUUCAUUGAGAUGGGAUCCACUCCUCAAGAUGCUGGAUUGUUGAAAUGACAACAAGGAACUGAAGAACAUUACAUCAACUUAGUUGAUGAAGUAGUGGUAGGGUCUGAGGAGAUGGGACUCCCGAUUUUGAAAGCUCUCUGGGUAAGUGCUAACAGUAUCAUGCUACAGAGAAAUCAUAAUUGACUCAGUCAAUGCAAUCAACUUCAUGGUCUUCAUUUUAAGAAACUGCCACAGCUACCCCAGCCUUCAGCAGCCACCACCCUGAUCAGUCAGCUGCCAUCAACAUGGAGGUUAAGACCUUCCACCAGCAAAGAUCACAUCUCGAAAUAUGUUUAGCACUUUUGCACUAGACGGUUAGCAUUUUUUGCAAUAAACUUAUUUUUAAAUUAAGGUA